AUGCUCAUAAAAGUCAAGACUCUUACCGGCAAAGAAAUUGAAAUCGAUAUUGAACAGGAUGAUACGGUAGCAAGAGUAAAAGAACGUGUAGAAGAAAAAGAAGGUAUUCCGCCUGCUCAACAACGUCUAAUUCACGGUGGAAAGCAACUGACUGAUGAGAAGACUGUCCGAGAAGCAGGCAUAAAAGCUGGUGAAAUGGGAAUUUUGACCAAAAUUAAACACUCUGAAACUCUAAAUUCGGAUUCUGGUCAAUUCCUAUCUGGGAUAGCUGCUACUGAAUCAAAAAAGAUGGUCAAAAUGGUUAAUAAUAAAAGCAAAGAAUGCGAUAUAUGUGUAGAAAAAAAAUCAUUAUCAUUAUUUCUUGUUGUAACAUCAAAAUGUAAACAUUCCACUAAUGUAUGCAAGAAUUGUGUUGAACGACACAUAAACACAGUGUUAUAUGAAAAAGGUGAUGUUGUUAUUCAAUGCCCUUUUGAAGGAUGUAAACAAGUUAUUGAACAUAAUGAUGUUAAGAGAAUAGCUAAUCAUGAGUUAUUUGAAAGAUUUGAUAUAUUAUCACUUCGUCAAGCAUUAAGAAAGGUGCCAGAUUUUAGGUGGUGUAAAAAUUCUGGGUGUGGAUCUGGCCAAAUUCAUUAUCAAAGAGAUAAUGCACCAAUAAUGACAUGUAAAGCAUGUGGAAAGAAAUCAUGCUACACACACGAUGUCCCAUGGCAUGAAAAUAUGACAUGCACUCAGUAUGAAGAGAAGAAAAAAGAAUCAGAAGCUGCAACAAAAGAUUAUCUUAUGAAGCAUACAAAGCUUUGCCCUAAAUGUGGAGCCCAUAUCGAGAAAAAUGGUGGAUGUAAUCAUAUGACUUGUAAGGCUAGAACAUGUUCUUACGAAUUUUGUUGGUUAUGUUUGGCGGAUUAUAACGAGAUACGUAAAUAUGGGAAUGAAAAACAUAAAAAGACAUGCUCAUUAUAUCGCAGGCCCCCUCGGAGCUUAACCCCGGAAUUGUGGCAUCAAGUAUUUACACAAUGG